UGUGCGGCUGCCGCGGCGGCUCCGGGGAAGAUGGCGGCCCGGGCGGGUUUCCAGUCUGUGGCUCCGAGCGGCGGCGCCGGAGCUUCGGGCGGGGCCGGCGCGGCGGCUGCCCUGGGCCCGGGUGGGACGCCGGGACCUCCCGUGCGAAUGGGCCCGGCGCCGGGCCAGGGGCUGUACCGCUCCCCGAUGCCGGGAGCGGCCUAUCCGAGACCGGGUAUGCUGCCAGGCAGCCGAAUGACACCUCAGGGACCUUCCAUGGGACCCCCUGGCUACGGGGGGAAUCCUUCAGUCCGACCUGGCCUGGCCCAGUCAGGGAUGGACCAGUCCCGCAAGAGACCUGCACCUCAGCAGAUCCAGCAAGUCCAGCAGCAGGCGGUGCAGAACCGAAACCAUAAUGCAAAGAAAAAGAAGAUGGCUGACAAAAUUCUACCUCAGAGAAUCCGUGAACUGGUGCCGGAAUCCCAGGCCUAUAUGGACCUCUUGGCUUUCGAACGGAAACUGGACCAGACCAUCAUGAGGAAACGGCUCGAUAUCCAAGAGGCCUUGAAACGUCCCAUCAAGCAAAAACGGAAGCUGCGCAUUUUCAUUUCUAACACUUUCAAUCCGGCUAAGUCGGAUGCCGAGGAUGGGGAAGGGACGGUGGCUUCCUGGGAGCUCCGGGUAGAAGGACGGCUCCUGGAAGAUUCAGCCUUGUCCAAGUAUGAUGCCACCAAACAAAAGAGGAAGUUUUCUUCCUUUUUUAAGUCCUUGGUGAUCGAACUGGACAAAGAUCUGUAUGGGCCAGACAACCACCUGGUAGAAUGGCACAGGACCGCCACCACCCAGGAGACGGACGGCUUCCAGGUGAAGCGGCCAGGCGAUGUGAACGUACGAUGUACGGUUCUGCUGAUGCUGGACUAUCAGCCUCCCCAGUUUAAAUUGGAUCCUCGCCUGGCUCGGCUCUUGGGCAUCCACACCCAGACUCGUCCAGUGAUCAUCCAAGCACUAUGGCAGUAUAUUAAGACACACAAGCUCCAGGACCCUCACGAGCGGGAGUUUGUCAUCUGUGACAAGUACCUCCAACAGAUCUUUGAGUCUCAACGCAUGAAGUUUUCGGAGAUCCCUCAGCGGCUCCAUGCGUUGCUCAUGCCACCGGAACCCAUCAUCAUUAAUCACGUCAUCAGUGUCGACCCAAAUGAUCAGAAAAAGACAGCCUGUUACGACAUUGAUGUGGAGGUGGAUGAUACCUUGAAGACACAGAUGAAUUCUUUCCUGCUGUCCACUGCCAGUCAGCAGGAGAUAGCGACUCUGGACAACAAGAUCCAUGAGACGAUAGAAACCAUCAACCAGCUGAAGACGCAGCGGGAAUUCAUGCUGAGCUUUGCCAGAGACCCUCAGGGGUUCAUCAAUGACUGGCUGCAGUCCCAGUGCCGGGACCUCAAGACCAUGACUGACGUGGUGGGAAACCCGGAGGAAGAGCGCCGUGCCGAGUUCUACUUCCAGCCCUGGGCUCAAGAGGCCGUGUGCCGCUACUUCUACUCCAAGGUGCAGCAGCGGCGGCAAGAAUUAGAGCAAGCCCUGGGAAUCCGAAAUACAUAGGGUCUCUCCCACGCCCUGACGUGGCUGCACCCAGUCUUUAUUUGGGCCCUGUGCUGCCUGCGUCGCAGCACCUGCCUUGGUCUUGCUUGGGGCCUUCCAGGGGAUGCUGUUGGUUCAAGAACAAUACCAGAAGAAGGGGGUCUCACAUUUGUGUCUCAUGAGACACCUGUCAUCCUCUUCUGCCACCCUGUCUCUUCCCACCCCCAUGAAAGUCCCAUGUGCCUCUCCCCUCCCCUGGUCUGUGUUGGCCCUCUAGAUAGUGUUAGAGAGCAUGUAGUGAGAAUCAGUGCUCUGAACAGACCGUGCUGAAGGCCAGGUGGUCUUCAAGGGGACCAGCCGCAUACACUGGUCCUGCCCUGCAGAGACCCUGGAGUCCGGGGCUGUAGCCCCCUCUCCCAGACUCAGGCCUGAGGGCACUCGAUAAGCUCGUUGACCUGACUGUCCUGACCACAGAAUCCACUUUCCUUCUUUCCCCACCCAGGUUGGAGCAGACUCUCCCUUCCCCUGCCCUCUAGCACUACAGGAGCCCUGGCCCUUGGGUGCCCCGAGCGCCCGCACAGUGCCUAGUGCUCUGGCCCGGCGGCCGCCUCAGUGCUGCCAAGGAGGGUGCACGUCAGUAUUGGGGUUUGCUCUGUAACUGUGGCUUCCCCCCCCUCACCCCGCACAUACUCUGGCUGACACUGUAAGGAAACCUUUCAGUCUGCCCCAACCCAGGGCAUUUGGCUGGAGGUCUUGCCUUUCCCUGUGAGCCCCAUGGGCCUGGGGUGCCAGUAAUUGCUGGCAGGGGCUAUCCUUCCUGCUCUAGCUUGGAGGUGUGACUCACUCAUUCCACCCUGUCCCCCUUCCUCCCAAUAGAGAAACAGGCCGAAAACAAACGGGUAAAAGCCCUAGGCCAUCCCUGUCUUCCUGUCCCUUGUCUGUCCACUUGGCACCCACUGGUGACUUGUAGGGCACUGAGGAGUGAAAGCGCCUGGGGCUGGAGCACAGCUCCAAGAUGGGUUUGUGACUCUUCCUCUCCCUGCCGCCCAGGGUGUGGCUCCCCAGCCCCUGCCCGCAAAGCUUCAUACCCCUCAGGUAGCCCCAGGACCUUGUGAUUGCGCCCCUGGGAACUGGAGAUGCUGCAUCUCUCCAGGGGCACCUCCGAUUCUUCCAGGUUGUAUCAGCCCCGAGUAAGCUCGCAGACUCAACACAGCAGGGUGGGAGACAGCUGGGCACCGAGGGAGAUUCCGUUCAGCACGGGCUUGAAACCCACAGAACUGACAAAGCCCCUGCUUCCCCACCCCGUCCUCAGGCUCCUGCGAGCACGUCCCAGCCCCUCGUCCCUGCCCGUUCUGCACUGGGGACAGCUGUACCUGCCCGCCCUUCCCGUCGUCGUCCCUCUCCUGAAAGCUCUCCUUGUGGUGACACUGGACAGCCUUGGGGCAGCUGAGCCCUGGCCUGGCCCCUGGCUGGCCACGGGAAGGACGCUCAGCACUCCUGCCCCGUGUCCCUGGGGAAGAUUAACUGUUUUUAUUAACUGAAUUGUGAUGUUUUUUUCAUGGACCAAACUUUUUUUUGUACUGUCCCCUUAUCGAUGUCACCCAGUUUUAAUAAAAGAAUCUUCUGAA